GAAUUGCAACAUCUUCGUUAUUUCGGUAAAUAUUCAAGUCAUGUUAUUAAUACAAUAUUAAAUACUAUAAAUCCAAAUUACGUCGGUUUUUUAUAGGAUACUGCUUAAGCUAUUUAGAUUUCGCGCCAAACUAUGCCAGCUUAACUUUUAAUUUUCUAAAGUUGAUACCGUACUUUUUCAAUAUAUUGUGGGAAACGGUUCUAAGUAAAAUAUUAAUUUUCAGGAUACUUGAUGAUACCGAAACUAACAUCUUUAUGGCGGUAAUGUGUUUAACGAUGGCAACGGUCUAUACUACUUUUGGUUUGGCAGAAAUACAACCAUGGGCAGCAGACAACCCGGUAGAACUAAAUCAACAAAAUACAGAGGAAGUAAAUGAUAGAGCUGGUACUGGCGAAUCUGAGACAUCCAUGGAAAAUCUUUCUAAGCAAACUUGCCUUACUUCCAUAAGUUAUGACUUAUAAUUGAGACACCAAUAGCGUUAAGUAUAUAUACAAUCAGUAGUCAUUGCAUAUACUACACUUUGGUCGUAUCAUCUUCUCCACACAUUUCGAAAAACUGGAAAUGAAUUUCGGGGAAAAUGAGACCAAUCGAUGGAAUUCUUCCCCUCAUUUUCAACAAUCAUCAUACAGGCUCAUCGACAGGUUUAUCCGUUUGAAAACUACAUAUUGGAACAGAGAAUAUGCAAUCAUUUUGCUCGCAUACACAGGUUUAUCAAUUGUGUCGCAUCAAUUUAUUUUUCAUUAUAAGUUUUUUGAGUUUUUGUCAGAUCAAAAUAAAUUACAGAUAAACUCGUCCCAUUAUAAUUACAUAAGUUACUAUGAAUAUGGAUGUAUUAUAGGUUUUUUACCUACGGGAGUUUUGGCCACCAUUUAUCCAGCUCACAAUAUUUUAGGAAUUAUUGUCAUCAUAUCAUCUAUUCUCUAUUUAAUUAUAGUCAUGAGUAUAUAUUAUAUAGACGGUAUCACGCAUUCUGUUUUACAAUUUUGUAUGGGAAUGACAAUGGGUGGAGCGUACUCGGCGAUUUUAAGGGUUUGGACGUAUUGGGUUCCACUGAAUUCGCAGUCAAUACGUCACAUUCCAAUAAUACUGUAUGAUAUGAUACACGAUGGUGGAUAUAUCUAUGAGCAUAUUAUUGCACUCCACCAUACAUAUUCAUCUUAUACGUUAACGCUAUCUAUUGGAGUGUUCGGGUUGGCGUGGUACGUUUUGUGGUUGUACGUGAUCAAUGACAAUCAAUUUCGGAGGCUGAACCGCGAUAUUAUAUUAUUUGGAGGUUCGAACAACCCACGAUAUCCUUUGGAAAAACCCGAAUUGUCAUUUACCCGUUCAAUCGUAACGGACAUACCAUGGAAAUCGUUGUUUACUUCUAUGCCUGUCCUUGUGAUAUUUUUAUUAUACGUGUGUGAUGGUCAAAUAUCUUUUAAAAAACCUGAUGGUGAUUCAGACAUUCAGGACAAUUAUUAUAAAUCGCAAGCCAGAAUAUUUACAAUCAUUUUAUUGAUUAUCAUUGUCAUUCUGGUUGAAUUAGCUCCAGAAAUCACUGUAUCCAUUUCUACCACCAACAUUAGAAAAUUUUGGAAUUGCUUUUAUUUUGGUUCAAUGAGCAUAUAUUUUAUUCUGGAAGCCAUUGUCGGCAACCCUUUAGAAAUCAAUCGAAUUUACUAUAUUAUACUUAUAGAAUUAGAAUAUCUCAGUUAUUUCGGAUACUUCUUAAACUAUUUAGAUAUUGCGCCAAACUACGCUAGCUUAAUUUUUAGUUUUCUGAUGGUGAUAUAUUAUACUUCCAAUAUAUUGUGUGAAGCUAUCCUAUGGAACAUAUUCAAUUCUAAGAUACUUAGUGAUGCCGAAACUAACAUCUUGAAAGCGGCAAUAUGUUUAACGUUGGGAAAGUUAUAUCUUAUUUUUGGUUCAGCAGAAAUACAACCAUGGGCAGCAAACAUACCAGGGGAAGAAAAUCAACAAAAUCUAGUUGAAAAUGAAAAUCUGCCGUCUGUGUAGCAAAUUAGGUAUAUAAAUACAUUUAUUAUUUUACACUAUACAGAUUACACCUUAGUACGUAAUAUUGAUAAUAUUAUAGAUAAGACAAUUAUUUAUUAUUAGUUUUUUUUUAUGUUAUUUUUUUUGUUUAUGUACGACCAACAAUAUUUUUAACUAUCUCGAUCAUUUAUGGAGUUCAAUCAACCCCAUUUUUGUUAAUGUUGAUAAAAUUAAUUUGUAAAGGUCAAUAACUGCUAUAAUAAAUUUUCGUGUACAGAAUAAUAUUAUUAUUACUUGUUACUAAAUUGUUAAAAACUUAAUUUUAUAUUCUUUUAUUUUUAUGAACUAUAAAAUAAUAUAAUAAUCAUUUAUUGGUGUGAUAGCGAAUUUUGUUGUUAUAUUUUGUAUCUAUUCUACAAUCAUAAUCAUACACACUAGUUGACGUUAAUUAGCUAUACUUAAGUUAUCUAACAGCACCAUCCACAUUGCGUUCUAUAUAUUCCCGAUACAUAGCACAGACAUUUUGGAGCAUUUAUUUUAUUUAUAUUUUUAAUUUUAUAUUUAAUUAAUUACUUUAAUUUUUUACUUUUACGGACAGCUGGUUAUUUUUUAUUUUUGAACAUUACUGUUCAAUAAACUAGUUAGUGUGUUUGUGACGUUGGAUAUUCUCGAACUUAAUUAUUAUACAAUUAUAUUUAAACAAAACAGAACUAAAAUAUGCUAGACUUAUGCCGGAUAACUUGAAGAAUUGAUUGAUUAAGUGUUGUUAUAAAAUUUACUGGAUCAAUCAAGGGCCACUAAAUCAUAUUUAAAGAGAUAUUGAUUCAAUAUUGAUUCAUUUAGAUACUAAAAUAUAUAAUAGUAUAUCUUUUUUUUUUUGGCCCAGCAUUACUAUGUUAAAUAAACUUAUUAGUUAUUAGUUAUUAAUGUACUUAAGGUUUAAAUACAAGUGUAGUAUACAUUUUUUUUGAUAAAAACGUGGUUAUAUUAUGUAGAUCUUAUUUGGUGAAAAUGGAUGUUGGUGAAAAAAUGAAAGGUACACUUUUGGUGGAAAUGGGCAUCGUCUUAAGUUACUCCCCUUGUUUUUUUGUUAUUGGAUAGUUUUUUAACUACAUACAACUAAUAUAAACAUUCUAAUUUGCAUAGUAAAAUACCUUGUAAUAAUAACUAAUUUGUUAGAAGGUAAAAUAUAAUCAUAAUAAUCAUGUAUUUAUCAUAACUAAACUAACGUUGAUCAAUAAUUAUAAUGUAU